UCGUCCUACGUAGCAGAGUGUCUCUUCUCGCCACCCCCAUCCCCCCAUCCCCCACCCACCCAUUAGCCAGCCUCCGGUCGUUAUUGCAUUCCCUUCGCUCCUUCUUUCUUGGCAUUUCCCCACGUUAGGAAGUUAGGAAGUCAUGUCCGACAUGACAAAAGACAACUACCCCCGCCGCGGCAGCAACAACAACAACAUCGACAUCAAGUACCACCUCCCCUCCUACGCAGACACGGCCAAACGCAGACCAAGCGACCUCCUCGCCCGCCGCCGCUCCUUCUCCUUCGCCUCCCUCACCGGCUCCUCCCGCGGAUUCCUCAACCUCUUCCUCUUCCUCAACCUCGGUCUCUGGGCCCUCGCCUUCAUCCUCUUUGACACCGGCUACAUCUCCCUCGGAAGCCCUCGUCGGUUCCGCGACGCCUACUAUGAAGAUGAUGAAUCAUCCACCACCCCACCGACAACAAUCCGCACACAUAACAAGAUUCCCGUUCAACUCUCGGGAACAUGGGGUUCAACCACACCCCCACCCCUCCGCUGCAAAUCCCCCGCGGGCUCCACCCAACAACACCUCCCCGCAGGCCGCCACUACCUCGUCGACCUGCACGAUGUCAACCCCUCGGCCUUGGCAACCCUCGAGACCCUCACAUCCUUCUCCGAGAUCGAAUCCUACAUCACGGAGGCCGGAAUGACCCUCCUCGGAUCCUCGUCCCAUAAAUUCGAGUGUGGGGGUAUGACCGCCGUCUUCCUCCUCUCCGAAUCCCACGUCAGUAUCCACACAUGGCCCGAGAACAGGUUUGUCGCCCUCGACGUCUACACCUGCGGCGCGGGGGAUCCAGGGAACAUUGUCAACCGCUUCGAAAAGUUACUCCAACCGGGCAAGACGGUCAAAACGUACGUCGAGAGGGGCACGAUGCACCAUGUGACGAAGGACACGCCCACCCCGCAACACAUCAUCGCCGACAAAUCCUCCUCCUUAUCCACUUCCCUCACCCAAGUCCCCCAAAUCGUCCCACCACCCACCCUCGGCCACGCCCGCGACUUUACCCUCGCCCUCUCCCCGCCCUCUGUCCCAUACACUGCCCACCUCUGCAUCAACGCAGACACCCUCACCGACGACUGCACCCUCCUCCGCCACGCCACGAUCCUCGCGGACGUCACAUCCCCUUACCAACGCAUCGAGAUCGUCGACACGCAGAGCUUUGGACGGUGUAUGUUGCUUGACCGCGUGGUGCAGUUCUGUGAGAGUGACAAUCACGUGUAUACGGAGGGGAUGGUGGGGAGGGUCAUGAAGGGGUACACGGGGAGUGGAGCGCCGCGACGUAUCACCCCUUCUACUGAUAUGAAGAAGGUGAAGACGAUCGAGGCGGGAAAGACGACGACGGUGGAUGGAAAGGUGGUUGAAGAUGACGAGGAUGAUGAAGACGACUGGGCCGCCCGCCACGAAAACAAAGUCCCCUCGGAAGGCCUCAACAUCUUUAUGAUCGGUGGUGGUGAUGGCUGGGUAGCAUCGCACCUCCUGGACAACCACACGCCGCUGAUCAACCGCAUAACGCUGAUCGACAUUGACGCGCACGUCACCAACCUCACCCGCACAUUCUUCGCCCCCGCGGGCGCCUCCAACUCCUUCACGCACCCCAAAGUCUCCUGGCACCACACCGACGCCGCGGCGUACCUCACCAUGCACAUGGACACCCUUUCCUCCCAGUUCGACAUCGUGCUGAUCGACUGCACCGACAACACCGCCGAGAGCGCCAAGGUGCUGUACACCGCGGAGCUGUACGCGAACGUGGUCAAGAUCCUCAAGAAGGGGGGGAAGGUGGUGCAGCAGAUGAACACGGACGAGGAGGAGUACAAGGGGUUCAUGCGCGGGGUGGAGAGGACGUGGGGCGCGGUCGGGUUGGGCGGGGUGGAGAGGUGGAGGGAGUGGGUGCCGAGUUUUGGGGGGAUGAGUGUUUUUUGGAUGGGUGAGAAGGUUUAACCGUCAGUGAGACGUCCCCCUUGCUUUGGAGAUAUCGGCGUAUGGCGUUGGCUGGACCCACACCACACUAUAUAUAGAGCAGUCCACCUUUUUUCUUCUUGUACAUUGCCAUCCCGGACAUCCGCUACUGCACAUACACUCUUUCUCGUCCUCUGUACAUA